AUGCUUCUGUGCCGAGGGGCCCCCACUGGCCCGGGCGUACCGGGUUACGGGCUCACUCGACCCGGCGGCGGCCCGCAGGCCUUUGGGAUCCGUCUGAGCACGAUGAGCCCCCGCUACCUACAGAGCAACUCCAGCAGCCACACGCGACCCUUCAGUGCCAUCGCGGAGCUGCUAGAUAAUGCUGUAGAUCCAGAUGUAUCUGCCAGGACCGUCUUUAUAGAUGUUGAGGAGGUCAAGAAUAAAUCUUGUUUAACCUUUACUGAUGAUGGAUGUGGAAUGACACCUCAUAAACUACACCGAAUGCUCAGCUUUGGCUUUACAGAUAAAGCCAUAAAGAAGAGCCAGUGUCCCAUCGGGGUCUUUGGUAAUGGUUUCAAGUCAGGUUCCAUGCGGCUGGGAAAAGAUGCUCUUGUGUUCACCAAGAAUGGGGGUACUCUCACUGUUGGACUCCUGUCACAGACCUAUCUGGAAUGUGUCCAGGCCCAGGCAGUUAUUGUACCAAUUGUUCCAUUCAGCCAGCAAAACAAAAAAAUGAUUAUUACUGAAGACUCCUUGCCCAGCCUAGAAGCCAUCUUGAACUAUUCAAUUUUCAACAGUGAAAAUGACCUGCUGUCCCAGUUUGAUGCUAUCCCAGGCAAAAAAGGCACCCGGGUCCUCAUUUGGAACAUCCGCAGAAAUAAAGAUGGAAAGUCUGAGUUGGACUUUGAUACAGAUCAGUAUGACAUCCUGGUAUCAGACUUUGGCACUGAAGAAAAAGGGACUGGUGGUGCUACCUCUGAGCUUCCAGAAACAGAGUAUUCUUUACGGGCAUUUUGUAGUAUUCUUUAUAUGAAGCCACGGAUGAAAGUUUUUCUACGUCAAAAGAAGGUGACUACGCAGAUGAUUGCCAAGAGCCUGGCCAAUGUAGAACAUGAUGUAUAUAAGCCUACCUUUACUAAUAAACAAGUAAGAAUCACUUUUGGGUUCUCUUGCAAGAAUAAUAACCAGUUUGGAGUAAUGAUGUAUCAUAACAACCGACUCAUAAAGUCUUUUGUGAAGGUGGGAUGCCAGGUGAAGCCAACUCAUGGAGAAGGUGUGGGAGUAAUUGGAGUCAUUGAAUGCAACUUCCUAAAGCCUGCCUACAACAAACAAGAUUUUGAGUAUACAAAGGAAUACCGGUUGACAAUAAAUGCCCUUGCUCAGAAGCUUAAUGCUUAUUGGAAGGAAAAGACAUCUCAAGAGAAUUUUGAAUGCGCCAGUGUGGCAACAGUGGUGAGGAAGGUUCCUGACCAGACAUGGGUACAGUGUGAUGAGUGUCUUAAGUGGAGGAAGCUUCCUGGCAAGGUUGAUCCAUCUACAUUACCUGCAAGAUGGUUUUGUUACUAUAAUUCCCAUCCAAAAUACAGGAGAUGCUCUGUUCCAGAGGAACAACACCUCAUUGAUGAAAACCUGCACUUGAGCAAAGCUAAGAAACAAGAUCAGACUGUUGAGAAGAAGGUGCCUGUGGAAAAUGAGAACCACCAGGUAUUCAUGAAUCCACCGAAGAUCCCUACUGUUCAGGAUAUGGCUGGAUUUAAUAACAAGACAGUUGGUUGUGAGGAAGUUGAUAGCCCUCGCCUGCCUCCAUCCAUUGAAAAAGAAGGCAGAAUACCUCCUCUUCGACUUAAAUCUCUGGAUUCUAGUGUGUUUCGCUCUUCCAGUAAAUACAAAUGGAUCCUAGGCGAGGAACCUGUGGAGAAGCAAAGAAGGCUCCAGAAUGAGAUGGCACCACCUCCUGUGGAUUAUUCCAAGCCUGGCCCUUACAAAAGGGUAGAGGCAGCUGUUGCCUACCCAGAAAGGGAGAACAGCCUUGAGAAAUCUAGUGUUGUGGAGAGAAGCACACCACCAUACCUUUUACCAGAAUACCCAGAAGCUAACAAGAAUGCCAGUCAGAGUAGGGAGCUUUCGGUUCUGUAUUCACAGGCCAAAGGCCAACGCCAGGAGUCCCUGCUCCCUGAAGAAUUAGAAAAUCAGAUGCCAAGAUUGGUAGCAGAAGAAUCCAACAGAAGUAGCUUAAAUGUAAUCAAAGAAGAAGUGAACAAGGGGCCCUUUGUAGCUGUUGUAGGUGUUGCAAAAAGUGUUAGAGAUUCAGGAGCUCCCAUUCAGCUGAUUCCUUUUAACAGAGAGGAGCUGGCUGAGAGAAGAAAAGCAGUUGAAUCCUGGAAUGCAGUGCCUUAUUCUUCUGGAACCCCUGCCACAACCAUAGGGGAAAAAGGAAGGAGCUCUGAAGAGAGUGGAGGUCGUAGUACACCAAAACUGAAGCACCAGAGAGAGAUGGAAGAACUAAAGAAGACCACAGAGAAACUCGAACAUGUUUUGGCUGAAAGAAAUUUCUUCCAGAAAAAGGUAGAGGAACUAGAGAAGGAGAGAAAUCACUGGCAUUCUGAAUUCAAGAAAGUCCAACGUGAAUUGGUGACCUACAGUACCCAAGAGACGGAAGGCUUGUAUUGGAGCAAGAAGCACAUGGGUUAUCGCCAAGCUGAAUUCCAGCUUCUAAAAGCUGAGCUGGAAAGAACCAAAGAGGAAAAACAAGAACUAAAGGAGAAAUUGAAGGAGGCAGAAGCACAACUGGAGGAGCUGCAGAAGGCUCAGGUCACCUACCGGACCCCAGAGGGAGAUGACCUAGAAAGGGCUUUGGCAAAGCUUACGCGGCUGCGUAUCCACGUCAGCUAUCUCCUUACCUCUGUCCUCCCUCACUUGGAGCUUCGUGAGAUCGGGUAUGAUUCAGAACAAGUGGAUGGGAUCCUCUACACAGUGCUGGAGGCAAAUCACAUACUGGAUUGA